AUGUCCAUGAGGAUCAAUGCUCUAGCUUUGGGUGCUGCCAAUAACGCUGAUGAAGACAGUGAAGAGAUUGAGAAAGCGUACGGCAUUACACUUGCAGCACCUACUGAAGCUUAUGGUAAACUCGGAGAUUUGGACGCAGCGGUCAAGGUGUUUGAAGACACGGCCGAUAAAUUUUCAGUCUCUACAAAUGUUCACUACAACUUGGCUACUAUGCGUAUGGCGAGAAGCUAA